AUGGCUCCAAAGAAAACUACAAAACCUGUCUCCAAGAAAGUCGCCAAAUCUUCCAGUUCCGCUUCUUCUUCCUCGAAGAGUUACAAAGAACUAAUCACAGAAGCCGCCGUCGCUUUGAAAUCUCGUAAAGGUGUCAGUCGUCCAGCCCUAAAGAAGUUCAUCAAGGAAAAAUACCCUUCUGUCGGUGGGUCCUCCACUUUCGACCAUUACUUCAACGCUGCUAUCAAGAAAGGUGUUGAAACUGGUGAUUUCGAACAACCAAAGGGUCCUUCCGGUACUUUGAAGAUCGUCAAGAAAGCUGCCUCCCCAACUCCAGCUGCUAAGAAAGUCACUAAACCAAAGGCCAAGACUACUACUUCCACUACCACCACUACUACUACUAAGAAGGUCACUAAGCCAAAGGCUAAGACUGCUGCCUCUGCUGCUAAGCCAAAGGCUAAAAGCGUCACUUCUUCUAGUUCUUUAACUUACAAAGAAAUGAUCAUUAAGAGUAUACUGUCCAUUAAUGAUGGUAAAGGUUCUAGUCGUCUAGCUGUUAAGAAGCACAUGAGAGAUGAAUACGCAAAGAAAUUGAACAGUGUAAAGAACUUCGACCAUUUAUUCAAUGCUGCCAUUAGAAAAGCUGUUGAAUCUGGUGAUUUGGCUCAACCAAAGGGUCCUUCUGGUAUUAUCAAGGUUCUAAAGAAAGGUAAGACUGCUGUCGGUGCUUAA